AUGUUUAACGCCGUCGUUCGUAGUAACAAAUCGUUACAUCGAUUUUCUAGUGUUUCACUCCAUACAUCAGCAGUAUUGAAUGCAUCCAGUCAAUCAUCUACGCAAGAAAGUCCACCAGGACAUUUUGGAUUUUAUCGUCAAGUAGAAUUAUUUUAUGAUCGUGCUGCAAAAAUUCUUGAAGAUAAACUAGUAAAAGAUAUGAAAAAAACCAAAAUAUCUGACGAUUUAAAACAUAAAAAAGUUCAAGGCAUAUUAAAAAUUAUUAAACCAUGUAAUCAUGUACUUGAAAUGCGUUUCCCUAUUCGACGAGAUAAUGGGGAAUUACAUAUGAUUGAAGCAUACCGUGCUCAACAUUCACAACAUCGUACACCGUGUAAAGGUGGUAUACGUUAUUCAUUAGAUGUCAAUUUGGAUGAAGUGAAAGCAUUAGCCGCUCUAAUGACAUACAAAUGUGCCUGUGUUGAUGUACCAUUCGGUGGUGCAAAAGCUGGUGUUAAGAUUAAUCCGAAAGAUUGGUCUGAAGGAGAAUUAGAACGUAUAACUCGGCGAUUGACAGUUGAAUUAGCGAAGAAAGGUUUCAUUGGACCCGGUAUUGAUGUUCCAGCUCCAGAUAUGGGCACUGGUGAACGUGAAAUGGCUUGGAUUGCUGANGGUGUUAAGAUUAAUCCGAAAGAUUGGUCUGAAGGAGAAUUAGAACGUAUAACUCGGCGAUUGACAGUUGAAUUAGCGAAGAAAGGUUUCAUUGGACCCGGUAUUGAUGUUCCAGCUCCAGAUAUGGGCACUGGUGAACGUGAAAUGGCUUGGAUUGCUGAUACUUAUGCAUCAACAGUCGGUUGUGAUGAUAUUCAUGCCAAUGGUUGUGUUACGGGUAAACCAAUUCUCGUCGGAGGUAUUCAUGGACGAACGUCAGCUACUGGCCGUGGUUUAUAUCAUGGCUUAGAUAAUUUUCUCAAUGAAGCCUCGUUCAUGGGCAUGGUUGGCCUUCUACCUGGCAUCGCUGGUAAAACAUUUAUUUUACAAGGUUUCGGUAAUGUCGGUCUUCAUUCGAUGCGCUAUUUGACAAGACACGGUGCAAAAUGCGUCGGCAUACUCGAAUAUGAUGCAGCUAUUGUUAAUCCAGAAGGAAUCGAUCCAAAAGCACUUGAAGAUUAUAAACUUGAAAAUGGAACAAUUAAAGGUUUUCCAGGCGCUCAACCAUACAGCAAAGAGCCUAAAGAAGAAUUACUUUGCGAACCAUGUGAUAUUCUUGUUCCGGCCGCUAGUGAACGACAAAUCACUUCGGAGAAUGCUCAUCGCAUUCAAGCUCGAGUUAUUGCUGAAGGUGCCAAUGGUCCAACAACACCAGAGGCGGAUCAAAUUUUAUUGAAGAACAAUAUUCUCGUAAUUCCUGAUUUGUACAUCAAUGCCGGUGGUGUUACAGUAUCGUAUUUCGAAUGGUUGAAAAAUCUAAGUCAUGUUAGUUAUGGUCGAUUAACAUUUAAAUAUCAACGUGAUACAAACUAUUCAUUACUCGAAUCAGUUCAAAGUUCAUUGGAAGCUAAAUUCGGUCGUAUGGGUGGAAAUAUUCCAAUUAAACCAAGUGACGAAUUCUUAAAACGUAUGGCUGGUGCAUCGGAAAAAGAUAUCGUACAUUCAGGUCUUGAACAAACUAUGGAAAAAGCAGCACGCGCUAUCAUGCAAACAUCAAUCCGUUAUGACCUUGGUCUUGAUAUUCGUACAGCAGCAUACGUAAAUGCUAUUGAAAAAAUCUAUAAUGUUUAUGUUAGCGCUGGUAUUACAUUUGGAUCUUAA